CGCCAACCCGCCGACAAUCCUCAAAGCGGACCUGGAAAACCCGGAUGAGAUCAAGGCAUUGCUGGACGAAGCUAAGUAUGUAGCCGGAUUUCCGAAUUUGGGGCCUCGGAGUCGAGAUAGCCUGCAACUAGUGCCAUUGAGCCUUUGAUUACUUUCAUGCUAAUAUGUAUACCCCACUUCUAGGCCCCAGAUCGUUAUCCAUUGUACGUUCGCCUCCUACUCAUAUACACAGACGGGGAACUCAGCGUAUUGGGGACUUAGAAUUAACCAGUCUUGUCUAUCUAGGUGCCGCCAAUCGCUUUCCUGAUCUGUGCGAUAAGAACCCCGAUCAGGCACGCCGAGUUAAUGUCGACGCCACUCGCACGCUCGCAGAACUGACGGCGGCCCGGAAUAUACUCCUCGUAUACAUUUCCACAGACUACGUCUUCCCUGGCGCCGAGGGAGAUGCGCCCUACGCAGCCGACGCGGAGACGAAGCCUCCAAACCUGUACGGUCAGCUGAAGAGGGACGGCGAGCUGGUUGUGCUCGAGGCGACCAAGCAGAGUGGGAUGGGUAUUAUCCUCCGUGUACCAGUCCUAUACGGCACGGCGAAUGAGAACUCGGAGAGCGCGGUCAACACGCUGGUCGAUUCCGUGUGGAAGGCCCAGGACGGGGAGGCGGGAGUGAAAAUGGACGACUGGGCACUGCGGUACCCUACUAACACCGAGGAUGUCGCGCGAGUGCUCCGCGACAUUGUGAUUAAGUAUCUCAAGGAGCGGGGCCAUAUCCUCCAGCUUCCCAAGAUUCUCCAAUAUUCGUCUGAAGACCGGAUGACGAAGUACGAGAUGUGCGAGAAGUUCGCAGAGAUACUCGACGUGCCCUUGAACGGGAUGAUCCGAAACAAAGAAGGAAACGACCCGAAUGCGUCCGUGCAACGACCAUACGACACUCACCUUUCGACCCAGGUGCUGAAGGACCUCGGGAUUGAUGUCCGGACUGUAGGCUUUGUGGAGUGGUGGUGAGUGCUCAUAUUGAGAUCGACCGGCUAUUUAGCUGCAGCAUGUCGGCAAGGGCUAACACGAGAUAGGCGGAAUCACUUGGAGGGCCAGAAAAAAUGAGGCG